AUGCUGAGGACCUUGACUCGCGUGGUGGGCCGCGCCGCCGCCCGCUGCGCUCCCAGCUCCCGGCCGCCUGAGGCGCGCGCCGCCGCCGCCGCCGCCGCCAUGUCCCGGUCCCCGCGGGCCGCCUCUGGCUCCCCGGCCAGGCCCGCCACCGUGCUGGGCACCAUGGGGAUGGGGCGCCGCAUGGACGCGCCCGCCAGCGCCGCGGCCGUGCGCGCCUUCCUGGAGCGCGGCCACGCUGAGCUGGACACGGCCUUCAUGUACAACGACGGCCGGUCCGAGAGCAUCCUGGGCGGCCUGGGGCUCGGGCUGGGCGGCCGCGACUGCACAGCGAAAAUUGCCACCAAGGCCAAUCCCUGGGAGGGGAAGUCACUGAAGGCUGACAGCCUCCGGUCCCAGCUGGAGACGUCCCUCCGGCGGCUGCAGUGCCCCCGGGUCGACCUCUUCUAUCUGCACGCGCCGGACCACGGCACCCCCGUGGAAGAGACACUGCGCGCCUGCCACCAGCUGCACCAGGAGGGCAAGUUCGUGGAGCUCGGCCUCUCCAACUAUGCCGCCUGGGAGGUGGCUGAGAUCUGUACCCUGUGCAGGAGCAACGGCUGGAUCCAGCCCACCGUGUACCAGGGCAUGUACAACGCCACCACUCGGCAGGUGGAGGCGGAGCUGCUGCCCUGCCUCCGGCGCUUUGGACUGAGGUUCUACGCCUACAACCCUCUGGCUGGAGGCCUGCUGACCGGCAGGUACAAGUAUGAGGACAAGGACGGGAAACAGCCCGAGGGCCGCUUCUUUGGGAACAGCUGGGCAGAGGUCUACAGGAAUCGCUACUGGAAGGAGCACCACUUCGAGGGCAUCGCCCUGGUGGAGAAGGCCCUGCAGGCUGCGUACGGCAGCAGCGCCCCCAGCAUGACCUCAGCCGCCCUCCGGUGGAUGUACCACCACUCCCAGCUCCAGGGCACCCGUGGGGACGCAGUCAUCCUGGGCAUGUCCAGUCUGGAGCAGCUGGAAGAGAACUUGGCGGCCACUGAGGAAGGGCCCCUGGAGCCGGCCAUCGUGCAGGCCUUUGAUCAGGCCUGGCGCCUGGUCGCCCACGAUUGCCCCAACUACUUCCGCUAGGCUGCUGCCCAGAUCAGGCGCUGAAGGGUUCUUCCUUUUCUGUCGCCUCUUCUGCGCUCUCCCUGGCCGGUCUUUGCCUUAAGCUGGUUUCGCGUGGUCUUUCUCCACUGUCUGGAUCUGGGCGUUACUUUUCUAGACCCCCGCCUUGCUCCCUGUUGCCCUCACAAUGUAUAAUGCCGUGGGCUGAGCCCCUCUGGGGCACCUCCCGUCUGAAUAAAGCCAACCCUAGGCCUGCCUGUAGCCCGGUCACUGAGUGGACCCGCAGAUCUCUCUCCUCAGCUGUUGUGACUUGGCUCCUCCCUGCCUGGCCCUUCCUGCCUGAGGAGUGGAACCACGGGCCGGAGCCCCCACGGGGCAGAGGCGGCGGGAGGGCCCCCCAGCCUGGCCUCUCGGUGGCCUGCAGGCGGCCCUCACGUUCCCACAUGCCAGAGGGAAAGGUGGCCAUCCACCCCGAGGUGGCUUUUCUCUCCGAAUUAUCUCACUAAAUACUCAGAAAUGAAGGAUUUGGGCAAAAACCUCCCAGGAAAAAAGUGGGCCUUUCCUGGAGGUCCGGUGUUUAAGACUCUACGCAGAGGAUACAGGUUCGAUUCCUGCUUGGGAGGUGAGGAUCCACGUACUGUGGGGCCCACCCGUCUAAACAAAAGCAGUGCCUUUGCUCGUAGCUGAAGCCUGUCGUCUGCUCACCCACAGAUUCUCAGCUGUGCUGCUGCGCCUCCCUCUAUUAGAGCGGGCGUGGGCAGCCAGGACCCCAGUUUCCCUCAGCAAAUCCCUGCUCCGAGUAGGAGGCCCUCAAGGCUGCAGAGAAAUGAGAUCCCAGGUCCGGUUGUUUCUGUUAGUACAUCACGCCUGGACGAGGGCUGUGAGCCAGGCAGCACCAAAUCCGUCUCUCAAGUGACGACAGGGGCUCGACUCAGAAAUGCAGCCAAAGGCACCGAUCAGAGGCUCUUUAGUCUGAAGGAAAGUCCUGCUUGCCAUCUAGAAGGAGACACUCUGCAGAUACAGUUUGAUUAUUUGGAACUUUCCUUUGUCUUCACCUGUAAUAAAAUGAUGCUUCCCCAAAUGGGGUAAUUACCUUGCUUGUAUGAUCAGCCAUUGUUGCCCAACAAGCCACCCCAAAACUGAGUUGCUUAAGAUGACAAAGUCUGCAAUUGACCUAAGAAGAGGCAAUUCAAUUUCUAUCAAAACCCCUGCUAGAUUUUUUCUUACAGAUAUUGACAAAAUUAUUUUUAAAUUCAUAUUUGAAAUUCAAGGGAUACAGAAUUGCCAAAACAAGCAAGAGCAAAGUUCUCCAGUUCCUGAUAUCAAAGCUUACUACAAAGCUACAGAAAUAAAAAACAGUAUGGGCCGGCAUAAGGAUAGACAUAGAGACUGAUGGAACAGACUUGAGAGUCCAGAAAUAAAUCCAUAAUAGCCUAAAAGCAGAAAUAGCUCAAAAGGUCCAACAACUGCUGGAUGCAUAAGUUAAAAGUGAUAUAUCCACACCACGGAAUAUUCAGCCAAUAAAGAAAUGAAGUAAUGAGACACCUAUGAUGCGGAUGAGCCUGUUUUGCUGUAAGCUUUACUUACAUUUUAAGUUCAAAAGAUUUGUCAGCAAAAGAAAUCAGUUGUUACACAUAAACAAUUUUGAUUUUUUGUAA